CGGUGAGCGGAGAGACGGACCACACGAACCACUGGCGAUAAAAAAAAAAAAACAAUAGACUGAACGUUUUUGUUUCCGUGGGGGCCUGUUCUUCUCCUGUGGACUAACGUUGCGGGGAGUUUUAUUUAACGGUUACAGACGGACAGAGAGGGUCAGACAGGCUGUCCACCAUGUCGGGGAGCAGGGAGGAGGAGAGGAGGAAACUGGCCGACAUCAUCAACCACUGGAACGCCAACCGGCUCGACCUGUUCGAGAUCAGCCGGCCCACAGAGGACUUGGAGUUCCAUGGCGUGAUGCGGUUCUACUUCCAGGACCGGGUUGCCGGUAACUUCGCCACAAAGUGCAUCAGAGUGUCCAGCACAGCGACAACGCAGGAUGUCAUUGAGACGUUAGCUGAGAAGUUCAGACCAGACAUGAGGAUGCUCUCUUCUCCAAGAUAUUCUCUGUAUGAGGUCCAUGUCAGUGGCGAAGAGCGUCAGCUAGACCUGGAUGAGAAGCCUCUUGUUGUUCAGCUGAACUGGAACAAAGACGACAGAGAAGGACGCUUUGUCCUGAAGAAUGAGAACGACAUCCUUCCCAAGAAGAGUCAGAGUAAUGGUCCGGAGAAGGAGAAGGAUGGAGUGAUCCAAAACUUCAAGAGGACUUUGUCCAAGAAGGAGAAGAAGAAGGAAAAGAAGAAGGAGAAGGAGUUCGCCCGGAUCCCUGAUGGAGACGAGCAGGCGCUCAACCGGGAGGACGGGGAAAACAGCCGUCUGGCGGCAGAGGUUUACAAGGACAUGCCUGAGACCAGCUUUACCAGGACAAUCUCCAACCCAGAGGUGGUGAUGAAGAGGAGACGCCAGCAGAAACUGGAGAAACGCAUGCAGGAGUUCAUGAGCAGUGAUGGGAGGCCGGACUCGGGAGGCACUUUGCGGAUAUACGCUGACAGUCUGAAGCCCAACAUCCCGUAUAAGACCAUCCUGCUCUCGACAAGAGACACGGCUGACUUUGCAGUGGUGGAGGCGCUGGAGAAGUACGGGCUGGAGAAGGAGAACCCCAGAGAGUACUGCAUCGCCCGGCAAGAAGACAAGUCGGGCAAGGAGGCGAUCCUGGAUGAUACAGAGUGUCCACUGCAGAUCUUCAGGGACUGGCCUGCUGACAGAGGAGCGCUAGUGUUCCAGCUGAAGAAGAGACCCCCAGACUACCAGGGGAGGAAGGGAAGGAAAAUAGAUGACAAGGGCCUGCGAGGGAAGGACAGCAGCAGUUCCCUGCCCCCGGAAAAACUGCCUUACCUGGUGGAGCUGAGCCCAGGGCGAGGGAAUCACUAUGCCUACUACGCCUAUCGGCACCAUGAAGAUGGGUCUGACUCGCGGGACAAACCAAAGCUGUACCGACUUCAGCACAGCAUCACUGAGGUCGGCUCAGAUUGCACAGAGGACGGCGCCAUCCAGCUGGUAGGUCCAGGGAUUUUGCCCCACCACUGCAACCUCAUGCACAGUGAAGGUAUGGUGACUGUGACGCCGCACGGCCCAGACGCCGACACCUUUGUCGACGGGCAACGAAUUACAGAGACAACGGUGCUGCGUUCGGGCUCCACCCUCCAGUUUGGUUCUGCACAUGUCUUUAAGUUUGUGGACCCGAUGUUCGACCAGGGAGGGAAGAGAGAACCAACCUCUAUGAUGAGGAGCCGGCACAAAUCUGGCAGUGUACCAGAAACCACUUUCGACCUUCACGGAGACGUCCACAGUGGAGCUGCCCUGCCUACCAGCAAGAGCUCAGGAAAGCUGGAGAUGGAGAGAGGCAUGGUCAAACCCAUGAUCAGAGGAGAGCAGCAGGACAACAGGUCUCAGGACGUUUCUGCCGACAGAGCAGAUUUGACUCUGCCAGCCGGCAUAGAGUUCAGAGACAACUCUGAAGACACCUUCCUGUCAGCCAUAAUCAACUACACCAACAGCUCCACGGUCCACUUCAAACUCUCACCCACUUAUGUCCUGUACAUGGCCUGCCGCUACAUCCUGUCGCCUUCUUACCGGCCUGACAUGUCGCCGUCUGAGAGGACCCAUAAGGUCAUAGCCAUCGUCAACAAGAUGGUGAGCAUGAUGGAGGGAGUCAUUCAGAAGCAGAAGAACAUUGCAGGAGCGCUGGCUUUCUGGAUGGCCAACGCCUCAGAGCUGCUCAACUUUAUCAAGCAGGACCGAGACCUGAAUCGCAUCACGGUGGAUGCCCAGGACCUCCUCGCCCAUCUGGUUCAGAUGGCUUUCAAGUACCUGGUCCACUGUCUCCAGGCUGAUCUGAACAACUACAUGCCUGCCUUCCUGGACGACCCCGAGGAACAUAAUCCACAGAGACCCAAGAUCGAGGACGUCCUGCACACCCUGACGGGGGCGAUGUCACUACUGCGGCGGUGUCGGGUCAACGCCGCUCUGACCAUCCAGCUCUUCUCGCAGCUCUUCCACUUCAUAAACAUGUGGCUCUUCAACAAGCUGGUGACGGACACGGAGUCAGGGCUGUGUUGUCACUACUGGGGGGCCAUCCUACGACAGCAGCUCAGCCACAUUGAGGCCUGGGCUGAGAAACAGGGUCUGGAGCUCGCCGCCGACUGCCACCUCAGUCGAAUUGUACAGGCCACCACCCUGCUGACCAUGGACAAAUACUCUAUGCAGGAUGUGCCGAACAUCCAUAACACCUGCUUCAAGCUCAAUUCCCUGCAGCUCCACGCUCUCAUGUCCAACUACCAUUGUGCCCCAGACGAGCCUUACAUCCCGCCUGAGCUGAUCGACCACGUGGUGGCAGUGGCAGAAAAUACAGCCGACGAGCUGGCGAGGAGUGAUGGGAGAGAGGUUCAGCUGGAGGAGGAUCCAGACCUCCAGCUGCCCUUCCUCCUUCCUGAAGACGGCUACUCCUGCGAUGUGGUGCGCAGCCUCCCCAACGGCCUGCAGGACUUCCUGGAGCCGCUGCUGCAGAGAGGUUUUUGUAGGUUAGUGCCCCAUCCCCGUUCGCCCGGUACCUGGACCGUCCACUUUGAAGGAGCUGACUGUGAAAGCAACUUCUCUGCUGCUGACAAUUCAGAGAUGCCAAUGAGGAAAGAUCCGGAGGUUGUCACAGUAACCCUGAAGAAGCACAAAGGCAUGGGCCUCAGCAUCGUGGCUGCCAAGGGUGCUGGUCAGGAGAAGCUGGGCAUCUACAUCAAGUCUGUUGUCAAAGGAGGAGCAGCUGAUGUGGACGGUCGUUUGGCUGCAGGUGACCAGUUGUUGAGCGUGGAUGGGCGCAGUCUGGUCGGCCUAUCACAAGAGAGGGCAGCCGAGCUGAUGACGAGAACGGGCUCAGUUGUGACUCUGGAGGUCGCCAAGCAGGGAGCCAUUUACCACGGACUGGCUACACUCCUCAACCAGCCCAGCCCUAUGAUGCAAAGAGCAUCAGACCGAGGCCGCGACAAGAACGGGAAACUUCGACCAAAGAGCGAAGGCUUUGAGUUGUACAACAGCUCCGUGCAGAACGGGUCUCCGGAGAGUCCGCAGGCUGGCUGGGAUUCUUACCCCGAACCAAAGAAGAUGAGCAGCGAAGAUCGACUUCUCAAGAACCGAGCUGACCAUCGUUCCAGCCCCAACGUAGCCAAUCAGAGCCAGAGUCCUGCAGGAAAAGCGGUGUACCCCGGAGGACCUGGCGCUAAGAUCACCUCCGUCUCUACCGGCAACCUGUGUGCAGACGAUGAGCCCUCCCCUCCCCGUCCAGAGGCCUACCCCAUCCCCACCCAGACCUACCAAAGGGAGUACUUCACCAUCCCGGCCUCGAAGAGCCAGGACCGGGUUGUCGGUCCUGGCCAGGUGCCCUCGCAGCACUGGCAAGGCAUGGACGACAGAGACCGCCCCCCUAUGGUUGACAGCAUCCACAACAGCAUGCAGCGCGUUAACCACUCCCAGGAGGAGUUGUACCCCCCACCAGGAGUUCUGAGGCCAGAUGAGCGCAUGCAGCAGCACUACCAGCAGGACUACCGGGACAUGGACUACCAACACCGAGAUCUUGACUACCAGAGAGGACCACCAGGAGGAGGUCCUGACCACUGGGCCCCACAGCCACAAGUGUCCUCCUCAUUGGAGUCUUCCACAUCUAGCCAGGAACAUCUCAACUUCUCAGCUUCCUCCUCAUCCUCCAACAAGACCCAGAACCAGAAGACUGGGCCGGGCCGAUGGAAGACGCCCAACGCCCCUCACGCCGCGCCGCCACAUCCGGCCCAGCCGCCGUCCCGUUCUGACCUGCCCCCUCCUCCGCCCCCACCACCAGCCCCUUACCCCGACCCUUUCGACCCCUACGACCCCCAACCUGACCUACCGCUCCCGCCUCCUCCCGCUUCCGUCCCUCCCAUAACAGCCCAGCAGGCCGCUGACCGCAAGAAACGUGAGGAGCAGCAACGCUGGUAUGAGAAGGAGAAAGCUCGGCUGGAGGAAGAGAGGGAGAGGAAGAGGAGAGAGCAGGAGAGGAAGCUGGGUCAGAUCCGGGCCAACCCCGUCAUGCCCGUCCAACCUCACAACAACGGAGGAUCCAUGCCUCCUCCUUCUCACCACCAGCCCCCUCUGCCCUCUGUGACCCCGCCCCAGCCCUACCUCCCUCCACAGUCUCAGCCCCAGCCUCCCCCACCCAGGCCGGAGAAGCUCGCCAGCCUGCCGCGGUCAGCUGUUCCUCCCCCUGCCAGUGCCUCCAACCCUGCUGGCAUGGACACGGUGAUCAGGGAGCUUUUACCGCAGCAGCAGCCGCGGACCAUCGAGAGGCGAGACCUGCAGUACAUCACCAUCAGUAAGGAGGAGCUAACGUCCAGCGACAGUCUGUCUCCUGACCCCUGGAAACGAGACGCCCGUGAGAAGGCAGAGAAACAGCAGCAGCUUCACAUCGUAGACCUGCUGGACAAGGAGAUCCAGGAUCUCCAGGCGAAGCCCGAGCGAACGGCGGAAGAAAGCGACCGCCUCAGGAAGCUGAUGCUGGAGUGGCAGUUCCAGAAGCGUCUGCAAGAGUCCAAGCAGAGCGACGAAGAUGAGGAGGAGGAGGAUGACGAGGACGUGGACACCAUGAUGAUCAUGCAGAGGCUGGAGGCCGAGAAGAGAGUCAGGUUGCAGGACGAGGAGCGACGACGUAAGCAGCAGCUGGAGGAGAUUCGUAAGCGGGAGGCGGAGGAGCGAGCAAAGCAGGAGGAGGAGAGGAGGUGGAGGGAGGAGGAGAGAGCCAGACGAGAGGCUGAGGAGAAGAGGAGACAGGAGGAGGAGUACUACAAUCGCCUGGAGGCCGAGCGGCGCCGGCAGCACGAUGAGGCUGAGAGAAAGCUGCUGACGCCUGACGAGCCGGCCGGUCUGUAUCGGCCCCCUCUACCCCGGGAAUACCAACCCCCCGCCCCCCAAAACCCUACUAACACCCCCCCGCCCCCCCCACAGAGAAACACCUCCUACCUCAAAACCCAGGUCACCUCCCCUGACACGCUCUACACCGCCAAGUUUGUGUCCUACGCGGGCGAUGAGGAAGACGAGGAGGAAGGGACGGAAGCCACCAAAGCAGGAAGUGGCGGCGGCUAUCAAUCAGGUCAGGUGAAGCUGUCGGCGACCCGGAAGUCGUACGGCGACCUCCCGGCCACCGCCUCAACCAAUCACAACAAGCCUCAGCCGCCGCCCACUGCGCGCAAACCCCGCCCUGUUUCUGACGGCAUCUUCCUGUCUAGCUCGUUCCAGCCGCCAGUCAACAACUCCAACAGUACAGGUCCCCCCCUUCCUGCCAAACCCAGCUCCAUCCCCCCAGGAGGCUAUAAAGGAUUUAACUCGUACACUGGAAACUCAGCAGGAGUUGUAGGAUCAGGUGAAGUCUACAACGACCCACGAGACAAAUGGACGAAGAGUCAGGAGCAGGAGAACUCGAUCCCCAGCGGCGCUCCGGAGAGUCUGACCUUCAAGGAGCGCCAGCGUCUCUUCUCUCAGGGGAAGGAGGUUUCCAACAAGGUCAAAGCUUCACGCAAACUCAUGGAGCUGGAGAACGAGCUCAACACCAAGUAGACACCGAGCCUUUCACCAUCCCAGCGACCGCCUUAACGAUGACAUCACCAAGGUGCUCCUGGGACAAAAGAAGAGAGUCGGCGCUCGCUUCCCUACCACUGACCGUCUCCUCCUGUUUGUGUUGUUCCCACCUUUUUUAUUUUAAUCAUUCAAUAACUGGACCUUUUCGACGUAGCUAUAUCGUUGCAAUAGGAGAGACAUUUAUGGCUUAAAAUUUUCUUCCCCUCGUUAAGGUCUGUCAAAGAUAUAUAAUGAUAAAGCACUGUAAAAAAGUUUUAAUUGUAUCUAGUGAGAAUUUGAGAAUCACAUGACAAAGGGGGAUAUAUUUUUUUUUUUAUGAAAUGGUUCUUUGGGCAACGUAAGGAGAGGUUUAUUCUCAUUUUGUUUUUUUAAAUAACUCACUAAAAUAUGAACAAUUUUAUGUUAUUUUAUGCUCUUGCCAGCAGAAAUGCCCACAGUUGAGCUCCAGACCAAUCUUUUAUUUUUAUUUUAUUAUUUUUUAAUUGAAUCCUCAGUGAGUGGAAACACUGUUAUUUUCAUUCCGUAGCAAGAAAGCAUGGGGUUUUAUUUUGUUUUAUCUUUUGUGAUGUUUUAGAUAAACUCUGAAAGAUUCUCCAGAGGAGGAUCGUACAGUCCAGAGAAGGAUCUUUAAUUGCACAGCAUUACUGUAAAUAUUUGGGUUCACAGCUGUCUCACUCUUUUACUACUGUAGAAACCUGCCAGGCUACUAAAAACUGCAAAACUAAUGUGACUUAACCGCAUUUUGGUGAUAGAACAGGAACUUCUGCUAAAACUGGACCGCCUCCCCCGCUGCUCCUCACUGUCAGUGCAGUUCAAAAUGUUCCAAAAUCUGAGUUAACUUUAUUUUAAAUCUAAAAGUCAAGUUGUGUGAGAUUAAUUUGACUGAUUGAACCCUAUAUUCAAGCCAGAAAAAGGAUUUAUUUCACUCACAAUGUGAUUAAUUAAUGUUGGUUUUCAGAAUAAAAGAAAAAGAAAUUAAAACUACUCUUUAAGUCCUUGUUUGCUUUACAGAUAUUUAUUUCAAACCUUGUGGGGGGGGGGGCAUACUUGCACAAAAACUUUUAUUAAUAUGUAUCUACAAACUGUUUUGAGAAGUGGAUUACAUUUGGGACCUCUCGUACUGUGGUGGUGAUCUGUGUUCUUCUGCAUUAGAGACAGAAAAGUGCUCUGUUUUUACACCAGCUGUAGUUCGGGGAGAUCCUGAUGAUGGCUUUUUUUUUUUUUGUUUUUUUUUUAAGGACUGGAGUCAAGGUGACAGAAUUGUGAUUGUACAAAUAUAUAUACACAAUUUCCAUAAUCACAUUCACCACCACCGCUGCUGCUCUGCUGACAUGGAAAAGGAACGCACUUCAAACCCCGGUGUGUCCCCCAGUUUAAAAAAAAACAAAAAAAACAAAAAAAGAUUUUUAAAAUAUAGUGAUGUUUCAAAUGUAUCUCUCUUCUGCAGUUUGUUUGAGUGACUCCAUCCUGUGUGUGGAUUUAUUUCAUUUUGUCUCUCCAGGAGCCUCCACUAAAACAGAUUCUACAUGAUGAGAUAAGAUGCUGUAAUCAAUAACCGACCUGUAAAAACACUACAGAUGUGUCUCCUCGCCUCUCUACCCCCACAACUACUCCUUUUUAGGUUUGAAAAUUAACUGAAUCAUUUAAAUGGUUUCAUGUUUAGCCUUUUGUAAAUCAUUAAUAAAUACAGAUUUUUCAACAGUG